CACUUGUCAACUGCGGUCUACCAACUUCCUCGUACUCGUAUGCGUGCCGCACCACCUCAACACCUCCCGACAAUGGCUGCAGAAUCUAGCUGUGUCGAGGGCCCGAUCCCAAUUCUAAAGAUCAAAAUCAUUCUCCGUCAAACAGGGCAACCGAGAGCACCAUGAGCACAUAUAAAGGUAGGUGAAGGAGGGCGCCUGGCGCGCCUUACUCGCUACUUUGCAGCCACAGGUCUCGCAUUGACGGUGUAUUCACCUUGCAAGUCGAUCCCUUGCCCCUCUCCAAGUCUCUACCCCAGCAGGAUCGUUCACAAUGAGCACCAAAACCGAAUCAGAAAACAUCGCCCUCGUGCGUCGCAUGGUCACCGAAGUCCAACAGAACGGUAACUUCGACAUCAUUGACGAAUCCAUCCAUCCAGACUGGAUAGACCACACCCACCGCCCUGGUACUGCUGGAGAUCGCGAGGCUGUAAAAAACAUCAUGCGUGGUCUGCACAAAGCUCUCUUGGACAUCAAAGUGGACAUCAUUCACUGUGUCUGCACCGGCGAUGUCGUGGCCACCAACAAAAUCAUCCGUGGAAGGCAGGUUGGCGAGCUUUUCGGCCAGCCCGCAUCAGAUCAGAUGAUUGAGUUUCGGGUCAUGGAUUUUGUGCGUGUGCAGGAUGGGAAGCUGAUUGAGCAUUGGGGUUCCCUUGGUCAGAUCAAACCGAUAUCAGACGGAGCUUGAGUCUACACGACUAUGCAGACCUGGAUAGUACAUGUAUCAUUGAUGGGCGGCACGCAGACUUGCCCAUGGUCAUUCUAUUCAGGGCUUUGCCAACAGUUUUGGAUGCAUGCAAGCAUCAGCAGGUGGAAAGGGACGGCAAGACGGACAAGUCAAAGGCGAAGACAGAGCCACAUGAUCAAUAGUUGAUGAUUUUCUUG